AUGUCAAAGGAUUCAACAUCAACACAACUAAAAGAAAUUGCAGAAUCAACAAAACCUGGUAUUUUAGAUGAUUCAGAUUCAGUUGAUUCAAAUGUUCGUUAUGCAGCUUAUGCUAACCGUUUAAGAACUAUAUUUUUAGCAUCACAUCGUUAUGUUGCUUAUACUUCAGAUAUUGGUGAAUCAUUCCGUCCAGCUGUUCCACCAAUUGCUGUAAAGGCAUGUUAUGGUAUUUCAUGGGCUUAUAUCUUAGGUGAUGUUUCUUAUGAAGCAUGGAAGGCAAAAUUAAGAAAAGAAGGUCGUUAUAUACCAGGUUUAAAACCUUGGGAAACUGAUAAAAUUCCUGAAAAGGGUGAUUUCACUGCACAACAGUUAGCUGAAUUAAAUAAAUUACCUGAUUGGAGAUUAGUUGGUCUUGAAAGAGGUUUAUUUCAAAGUAUUGCUAGUAUGGGGUUACCAGCUUUUACUAUUCAUAGUGCUGUUAAAUAUGCAACAAAUUAUGCAAAUAAAAAUAUUAAAAAUGCUGUAUUGAGAACUUGGGGUCCUAUUGGGUUAGGGUUAAGUAUUGUUCCUGCUUUACCUUAUCUAUUUGAUAAACCUGUUGAACAUGCUUUAGGUUAUGUUUUCAAAAAUUUAGAAAAUUAUCUACAUAAAGAUGAGCUAAAAUUAGAAUAA